AUGGCUCGAAAGGCUGGGCCCGCUGCGGUCUCUGGCGGUUCCAGCACGGGACAGUACUCGGGGGCGCAGGACCGUUAUGUGUUUGAAUUUUACUCAGAAAGCGCAGCCUGGGUUGAAGUAAGCCCAGAACCAGAAAAGAAGCAGGUUGAGGGACCCCCAAAGCAGGUUGUUGGACCGAGGACUGAAAUAAGGGAACGUCAAGAACUUCUGGUUCUUGCCCACCUGCCCGAGCCCUCCGUGGAACACUGGCCCCUCCCACGCCCGCCCAGCCUACCAGCCCUCGGCCCCUCCCCCGCUGCGGAAUGUCUGGAGUCCUGCAUUCUGCUGUUUAAAUUCAAACUCUUCCCUCCACUGGAUGCUGAGCAUCUGUUGGAGCAGGUCACUCUCCAGUUCCCGUGCUCGAGUUUUCUCAUUGCGGAGGCCGCUCGGCCGCGGUGGUCAGUGCCUCGGCCUGCGGGGAUGACUUCCCAAGGAGCAUCUGCAGUGCUGGGAGCGGAUGUGACCACGAACCCUGGUGCCUCCAUGACUCCUUUGAAGCCACUGCCCUUUCCCCAGCCGACUGCUGGCCCUGAACACCUGCCUCCUCUCGAGCAGCUCUUGCUGCCCCUGAAGACCCUGUCAUUGCCUGCUGGCUUCCCGCCGGCGCUGCCGGGUCUGCCCGGCACACCUCUGGUAGCCGGGGGUGCUGGACGUGGCCCCAUUGGGACUGGGGCUUGCGACAUCAUGGACAAGGUCAGGUCAGAAGCGGGGCGACCACGGCCCCCCCAGACUCAGACCCGUGUCCUGACCCAGGCGCCCGGGAGCACGCCAGGGGCCCUGUGUGGCGGCGCUGUGUGCCCUGCACCUCCAUUCUUGGAAGCAUCUGCAGUGGAGGCGAUUAUGUCCACCCUGGCUCUUGGAGGCGCCCCGGCCGGCGAGGGAGGCUGGUGUCCCGGCUUUCCUCCUCGCGCUCCACCAAAAACUGCACAGCUGGCCUCCAUCGUCCCCUCAGUGGACACUGGGGCUCGGCUCCACGGGGCUUCCGGCGGCAGUGGCCUGGCCGCCUCCCAGUCCGAGGCCGCGCCAGAUGACUUCUGUAACCCCAAGAACCUGCACGAGAACUUCCAACGUUGGCGUCGCUUCAAGGCCCUGGCCCGGAGGCACCUUCCCCAGAGCCCUGAUGCAGAAGCGCUUUCCUGCUUUCUCAUCCCCGUGCUGCGGUCCCUGUCCCGCCUGAAGCCCACCAUGACGUUGGAGGAGGGGAUAGGGCAGGCCAUGCAGGAAUGGGAUCGCAAAAGCAACUACGACCGCAUGACCUAUUACGAGAUGGCAGAAACGUUCAUGGAGCUUGAGGCAGAGGAGGAGAUGCAGAUUCAGAAGUUGCAGUUGAUGAGGGGGGCGCAAGGCCUGCCUGCGCCAGCCCCACCGAGACCCGAUCCUCGGGGACCCCCAGCCUCCGUGGUGGGCCCACAGCCAGGUACGGCAGCAUUGUGCAUUCAGAGGGAAGACGUACCCUGGGUCCAGGGCGCCUGCCGGCCCCUCGGGUCCCGGGAGACCGAGACAUCCGAUGAGAUCCCCCCUGAGGCCGUGCAAGAGUACAUGGACAUCAUGGACGAGCUGGAGGGGCUGACCCACCCUGCCACGGGGGCCCAAGGCGGAGAACGGGAAGAGGACAGAAAGGAGCCACAGCAGGAGCAGGACGAGACCUACCUGGACCCGGGUCUCCUGAGCUACAUCGAAUACCUGUGUUCCCAGGAAGACUAUGUCACCAAGGUGGAGGCCAUUCCCAACCAUCUCCUGAAACCACUGGUGUCCGCAGAAGCACUGCUGGCGUUCACGCCCGUAGCUGAAAAGCUGGCGCAGGAGUUAGGACUCCCUCCUGUCCAGCUGGAGGAGGAGCGAGUCCUGGCCUCGAAGGAGGAGGAGGGUGUGCAGGCACCCCCGAGUCAUGGUGCAUCCCGGUUGGACUCCAGUCCUUCUGAGUCUGCGGGCGGCCAAGACGUCCAGAGGUGGGACCACGGCCCCCGGCUGAGGGUCGGUGACAAAGCCUGCCCACCAGAGGCUGCCUUCAAGGGCCGUCAAAAGCGACGUCGAGAAGAGGCCCACCUGUCCAGGCCCAGAGCCGUUGCUCUCUCGUCAGGACAACAAGAGUGCCCACCACUGCGGGCUCCGUGCCCGUCGUCUGCGCCCCAGGGGCACAGGCGCACCUACCCUAGACUGGCGCCCAGGGAUGCCUCCAUUCCCAGAGAGACCUCUCGCAUUAGGGAGACUGUCGGGCCAGUGGGCAGGCCCAGUGAGAACGAGGAGGACCUCCCCAGCCUGGCCUUCCUCAUGGCCUCUCCUAAGAACCUGCUGCCCUGUGCGCUCUCUCUGAGUCCUGUCUCUGCCUCAGGCCCUGCCUGCCCUGGAGGUUGGGGGCCCCCGCGAGCUGCCCAGUCCCAGCCUCGAAAGAGAAAGUGUGACCAGUCUGCCACAGGGAGUAGGGGGAAGCGGCACUGCAGCUCCUACGGAGCAGCGGCGUGCCCCUCUUACUGCCAGCCUCAGACAAGAUGGGGGUGCCCAGACUAG